CCCGCCACUCCUGCAGCGACUGGCUGAAGUCCACACUGCUCAUCGGUAUCUUUACCACCCCGAUGGCGUCGUGCUUGGAGAAGCGGUCAAAGUCGUACACUGUCAUCACCAGCGUCUUCCCGCCCAGCUCGGUGCACUUUAGAGUGCAAGCAGGACAUCCGCUGCGCAGCUGCGUCUGACCGAGCCGUGACAUGGAGGGCAGAAGGGAGCAUCGCGGGUGAGGACGUGUGCGCAUGCUGCUCAACCGAGGUCACAGCCAGGCGCCAAGACUUUUCCUCAUUCUUGUCACAAGUGACCUGAAGCCUAUCCGAGCUGACUUUGGGGUAAAGAGAUGAAGAUGAGGAUGAAGAGGAGGAGGAGGAGGAGGAGAGACGAUGACAGGACCGGACAGGACAGGUGAAGGACAAGCAUGUGUGCGUAGAAAUGCCGCAAGUGCGGCGCCUUCACCAGAAACAUGUCAUGCAGGUGGCGUGUGCACUGGAGGCCGUCGUCCUCCGCAUCUUCGGACCCGAAGGAGGACAGGUGUUGUUCACCCGAGAGAACGGACAUGUGAUGUUGAGCCGCAGUGGGACACGCAUUCUCACGGCACUACGACUUGACCAUCCACUUGCCAGGAUGAUGGUUGAGUGCGUCUGGAAGCACAGCGGACAAACAGGGGAUGGAUCCAAGUCAUUUAUCCUCCUCUUGGCAUCAUUGCUGCGUACCAUUUAUGCCACAGGAUCUAAGGAACUCAAUGUAUCUCGUGUCUAUAACUCCAGGGAAGCAGCCGAGUCUGCCUCUGCCAGACGCUUGGCUGACCAAACGGUGGCUUUUGCAUUGGAGGAGCUAGAGGAUCUGAUCGCUGUCGCAGUGGCUCCUUAUGGAUUCUCCCUGUCAGCGAAGACUUUAACUGCAAGCACGCAAUCGGCAUCUCACUCGGAUAGGGUUCAUGUUGAAAAGUUAAUAGCAUCUUUCUUUCAUACCCGUUUGGGUUUUGCCCACUCUGACUUUAUGGGGGAGCUAAUUUUCAAACUGCUCCUUAACUGGAGCUGUAAAAAUGACAAAUCUUCAAGCUCAGACAACAGCAGGAGUUUUCAGGGUAAUUUGUAUGUAGACUCAAAUGGCUGUCAGGCAGAUUCUGCGUCCUUAUCACUCCGGUUUCUAAACGACAAUUUCCACGCUCUACAUACGCCGGUGUCUGGCUUUCCUGUCAGCUCUUCACGUUUGAUUGAGGGACAAGUCAUUCACAGGGACUUUGCAACACACGACCAAGACAGUCGCCAGGAUCCAGUCAAAGCAGUGGUUUUGACUGUUUCACUGCAACCCAAAUGGCUAAAUGCAAGCGACACGAUGGAAAUUGGGAACGGAACACACAGGAAAAGCAUCGUGCACUUUAGUGCCUGGGCGGAAUGCUCACUGGAACAUAUUUUUGCCACCCUUCAAGCUCUUGGCGUCUCUGUCCUGCUGUCUGCAGUCAAACAGUCUGACGCCGUCCUGACUUUAGCAACACAAGCGCAGAUACGUGUGGUGGAGUGCAUCGGCGAAGACGAACUGGCGCUCUUCCUCCACCUGAGCGGCGCUUCGGCUGUCUCAGACUGUUGGGGGAUUAAACCAGAACACAUUGCUUCUUUGACAUUUUGUCGAUCGAUACUGCUGGGAGCCCAUAGAUAUGUUCACGUGGCAUUUUCGGAUUCCAGGGAACAGCAGCCCUGUAAUAUCAUCAUCUGUGGCUUGGGUGAAGGGCAAACGGAUCAAUAUGCAGGUGCUGUUCAAGAUGUUAUUCAUAUGCUGCGUACAACAUGGGAGCCCCAGGGGAUAGCUACUAAAGCGCCAUCCUCUAUUUCGCCAGGCUGCGUCAUACCGGCAGGUGGUAUUUUCGAGCUUCUCUUACACCGCGCCCUUUUACAACAUGGCCACUCGCACGCCAUUUCUAAACACACACCUGUCGUGCGCCAGGUCUUGGCAGAUGCAAUACUGCAUCUUCCCCGACAUGUUCACUCCGGCAAUGAAAGACAUUUCUUACAGAUUCAAUCUAAAGUCUGGAGCUUACCAGACAGAAAUCCUUUCCAACCUGACGGAUUGUUCUGCAAGCCAGGGUUUAGCCAAGCACAUUGUGGUAAUAAAAGCUCCCAAGGAGAGGCUGAACAAAGUAUGUAUUGUUCCUUAUUCAAUAAUAACAAAACGGUAUCGGAACUUGAGUCUGUUUCCUGUAAAUACCAUCUCAUUUUGGCUGUUUUGCAUUGUGUCAAAAACCUCCUCCGAUUGGAUGCUGUGCUUCACACACCCACCCAAUUGCACCCAAAAUCACUCCAACUCACUUAUUCCUCUGAGGAUGAAGACUGAGGUCAUUGAACUUUUUUUUUUCAUUGUUUCAACCAAACCGGGCUAUAAACUUUGACCUACUCCACUUAUUUUUCCUAAUUUACAAUAAUAUCACCAUUUGUCUUUCUUGGUGUAAAACUGAAUUAUUGCUUGCACAAUAUCUUUUGCAGUCACACACUGACAGUUGAAUGAUGCUCUUGGACUGUUUUAUGAUGAACAUUAUUUUGCUCUGUGUAUAGAAAAUACAGAGCUAUCUUUUUGUACACUGUAUUGUCUUUGAUUUCAUCCUUAAUAAGGGUGUGGCAAGAUGGAAUUUUUGAUUGAAUUAAAAAAUUCAAAGGCAUACAUUUUGCUACGUCAGCUUUCUGGUGUACUCUGGUGCUUUGCCAUGUGAUUGUGAAUUUGUUGAACUCACAGCAGAGAUGCAUUCUUGUUGAUGGGUAGGAGAAUAUUUUUGAUGACAAUUCCAACUUGUUCUGGGUUCGAUUUGAUUAUCAGUGUCAGCUUCUUCAUUUUCUCCCCCUCUUAGGCGCUCUCCCCCAACAAAGUACCGAUCCUGAGUCACAUCUUACAUCUGCGUGCAAUUCUAACUGCUUUCAAAUGGCUUGUGGUGAAUGUGACGCUUGAUGUUGUCCAGCUUUCAUUCUGUCCACACGUUUCCUUCUGAAAACUCGCAUGCUGCUUUGGCUCGGUAUAUGGCAUAACUAAAUGGACUGGCCUUGCCGUUCCAAUACUUUUGAGGGGACUUAAUUCUGUCGUCCGUGAUUUCUGAUGCCCACUAACGCUGGAAUUCAGCUUUCCGACCAUAGCCUUUGUCGCUUCGAUAUGAUGUAGGCUAAAUGCGUAUCCGGCCUCCUCAUCGAGUCACUGAUGGCGCCGUACUACACCCCACUGACUUUGGAGCAGGCACCAUGGGUUCAGUUCCCACUCAGUGACGGUCUAUACAUGUGCCCUGCGACUCACUGGCGACCAGUUCAGGGUGCUUGUGAUUUCACUCAAAGUUAACUGGGAUAGGCUCCAGCACUCCCGUGACCCUGGAUAAGCAACUUGGAAAAUGGAUGGAUCGAUGACCUCUUCCUUUCCAGCCUCACAUGCUUUCGCUUUUCUCUAUGGCUCACUCGACCUGCAAACUGUUUCUAUUUGGGCCUUCGUGGUUGACAAUACACCAGUCAAAUGUUAAGAGUGGUUGUUUGUCAUUGCCGAUUAAUCAGUGCUCUUUGGUUUACUUUCUAACUAAAAUUCCAAGAUAGUCAUUAAUCCAUCACUAAAAAUGUGCAGGCUUCAUCUUGCCCUUGUUUACUUUGGCUAAUCUGUGUGUCUUAUUUCUUUCUUGCUCUCUUCCCCCUGCCAUUACAAAGAAAAUUAGUGAACAUAAAUUUAUACAUAAUCUUUAGCAGGAAUCACAAUGAAAGCCCGGCUGUCAACAACCCAAUUAAUGAGCACUUCCUUGUUUUCUAAUCACAGACGCACGAGGUCUACUCAUCACACUGAGUUAAUUCAUAUGAAGUGAAGUAAUACGUUUUUGAAAAACAACUUUUUAGCGUCAAUCUUGUGCUCCCGAUAAAGCUGGAGUCUGAUAUGAUGGAAGGCAACCGCAAAACAACUUCCCACAUCCUUCCCCGAACUUAAGAGUCGAU